AUGUCGUCCCUCGAAGACCUCGGCGACGUCAACAGGCGGGAUCAGGACGACAAGAAGAAGGACGACGGCGACGAGGAUAAGGACCGUCAGGCCACUGUCGCUGAUGCCAAUGACGAUGCCGACAUGGAGGAUGCUGAGCACGAGGAGGACGUUCUCGACGACGAGAUUCUGGGCCUCAGCACCCAGGACAUCCAGACCCGCAAACGCCUGUUAGAGAAUGACUCUAGGAUUAUGCGCAGUGAGGUGCAGCACUUGACGCACGAGAAGGCGACCAUGGGAGAGAAGAUCAAGGAGAACAACGACAAGAUUGCCAACAACAGGCAAUUACCAUAUCUCGUCGGCAACGUUGUCGAGCUCCUGGAUCUCGACCCCACAGCAGAGUCCUCCGAAGAGGGCGCCAACAUUGACCUCGACGCCACGCGCGUCGGCAAGUCCGCCGUCAUCAAGACGUCCACACGACAGACCAUCUUCCUGCCGCUGAUCGGCCUCGUCGAUCCCGCAACCCUGAAGCCUGGCGACCUCAUUGGUGUCAACAAAGACUCGUACCUCAUUCUCGAUACGCUCCCUGCCGAUCCCCCCCAUGUUGGCGGUCUGGACAAACAGAUUGAGGAGCUCGUCGAGGCCAUUGUGUGGCCGAUGAAGGAGGCCGACCGUUUCAAGAAGAUUGGCAUCAAGGCACCCAAGGGUACGUCAUGA